CAUGAUGGUAGGCAGCCAAUGGCUCCACCGCUCUCCUCGGGGGCCCCGCGUGCGUGCGUAUGUGUAUGUGUGUGUGUCUCUGUGUGUAUGUGUGUGUGUGUCAGCGGGAGAGGAAAAAAAGGAAAAGGGAGAGAGAGAAACGGGAGAAAGGCAGAGAAGUGGGUUGCAGUUUGAGCAGGUCUGUGCGCCGGAUCAGGAGCUGUGCUUGAAUGUAGUUCUCACGGAUUUGCUGCUUUUUGUUUUGGUGCUGGCUGCUUCUUCACACUACUUCACUCACAGAUAAACACACACGCGCACGAGCGGAUACCUCUGGACCUUUGAACCGGAGUGGACACCGAGCAGAACCGGGAUUGUUCUCUUUUUGCAUUUUUUUGCUGUUUUUUGUGUUGUGCAUGUCUGUGGAUUUUACCCCUCGGUGGAGCGUGUUCUUCUAGUUCUUCUUUUUAAUUCAUGUCUGUGCAGAGUGGAUGUGAGCUGUGGGCUGGCGGCUCUGGGAGCGGGCGAGUUCUGCGUCCCGGCGCGUCCGGCUUUUUGAUCUGACGCACGCGGGGCGCUGUGAGUCCCGCUAGCUGCUAAACUGUGUCUGCUAGCUGAGAACCCAGAAACUAGUCUGAAACGAGUCUGCAGCCUAUAAAAUAACGCUAAACUAGCUUUUUCCAGCAGCCCACAGUGUCUGUGUAUCACGCGAGCUCGCAGCUGAAUGCAUUUUGAUUUCUGCGAGGUUGUCUCGUGCAGCAGCAGCAGCUCGGUUGUAAAUGCGAGCCACCGCGGCGCCUUCCAAACUCAUGUUGUGGAGGUUUUGCCCCCAGCAGCCCGCACGGCGCUCAACAGCAGCGACCGUGGAUGAGGCUCCUACACGGGUUUGAAGCGUGACCGGGGGACACGAGAGAGCAGAGGAGCGGAGGAAGAAUUAGAAAAAAGGAAGAAAAACGAAGAAAAAGAGUGAAAAAGAAGAGCCGGAGCACGAGGAGGAGGAGGAGGAGAAGGAGAUAAGAGCGUGCGGUCAGGAGGGGGCUCGAAGUUGUCGUAUGUUCAGGACGAAACGCUCAGGUCUCGUGCGGCGACUCUGGCGAAGCCGUUUGGUUCCGGAUAGAGACGGAGGCGACGGGGAUGGCAGGAGGGGGGGCGGCGGCGGAGGGGAAGGAGGCGAGGGCGAGGGGGGCUCACGGACCGGCGAGCGACGCGCGGACGACGUCGCCAAGACGGAGACGGGAGUUUUGUUGAGCGGGUGCGGGAGCGCGGUGGACGGUGGCGGUGGAGGCGGGGGGGACGAAGCCGGGGACGGAGACUGCAGAGCCGUCACGUGCUGCUUGUUUAAAGAGCGCUCGGUCAGUAGUAGUAGUGGAGGAGGAGGAGCAAGCGGAGGAGACUGGGACGGAGGGGAUAACGGCGGCGGAGAACGGGACUCCGGCAGCGCGAGCCCGGGCGGCUCCAGCUCGUGCCGCCUCGCCGAGGCCAACAAGGCGCCCGAGCACGAGCUCAAGAGCGCCACGUACGCGCUGCUCAAGCGGCUGAAGGAGAAGACGCUGCACGCGCUGCUCGAGGCCGUGGAGUCCGGCGGCGGCGUGCCCAGCGAGUGCGUGUUGGUGGCGCGCGCCGAGCUGCGCGCUCCCGGACACGCCGCGCCGCCGCCGCCGCAGCUGCUGCUGUGCAGACUGUACCGCUGGGCAGACGUGCAGCACGCGGCGCAGCUCAAAGCGCUCUGCGAGUGCAAGAGCUUCGGCGCGCAGGACGGGCCACUGGUGUGCUGCAACCCCUACCAUUACAGCAGGCUCUGUGGGCCAGAGUCGCCUCCUCCUCCGUACUCAAGGCUUUCCCCUAGUGACGAACACAAGCCACUGGAUCUGUCAGAUUCCACACUGUCUUACACUGAAACGGAGGCUGCCAGCUCGCCAAACAUCACCCAAGGGGAAUUCUCAGAUGCCAGUCUGUCACCGGACGCCCCCAAACAGACGCACUGGUGCAGCGUGGCGUACUGGGAGCACCGCACGCGGGUGGGCCGCCUCUACCCGGUGUACGAGCCCUCCGUCAGCAUCUUCUACGACCUACCUCAAGGCACAGGUUUCUGCCUGGGCCAGCUGAGCGGCGAACGGCGCAGCGGAACCGCCCAGCGCACCCGCGGCAAGAUCGGGUACGGCCUGCUGCUCAGCAAGGAGCCCGACGGCGUUUGGGCCUACAACCGCAGCCAGCACCCGAUCUUCGUCAACUCGCCCACACUGGAGGCCGGACCAGCCACGCGCGGCCUGCUGGUGGUGCGCAAGGUCAUGCCUGGCUACUCCAUUAAGGUGUUUGACUAUGAGCGUUCGGCGCUGCUGCUGCGGCAGGGGGCGGAGCCGGCGCUCCCGGACGGCCCGUAUGACCCCAACAGUGUCCGCAUCAGCUUCGCCAAGGGCUGGGGCCCCUGCUACUCGCGCCAGUUCAUCACCUCCUGCCCGUGCUGGCUCGAAAUCCUCCUCAACAACCACAGAUAACACACACACACACAAACGGACAGACUCGGACUUUGGACUCGAGAGACGCGCCGAGAGACCCUACGGACCCCCACAAACUAUCCCAAAUAUCAUCUACUUAGAUUUAAUAUAAAGUUUUAUAUAUUAUAUGAAAUAUAUAUUAUACUUGUAAAUACUGGAGUCAUUUUUACAAUGUAAUUAUUUAUGUAUGGUGCAAUGUGUACAAGUGGAAAAAACAGGAAAUGCACUUUGGCUUAUAUAUAUUAUAUAUAUAAAUAUCUAUAAAGAUAAAGAAUCUUUCAAUACCAAUUUGAAAAAUUAUACAGCAAAAAUAGGAUCAGCCUGGUUUUGGUGUAUAGUUUUCAUGUAUUAUUAAUAUCCAGACAAAAAGCUAACACCAUUCACACAUUGAUAAUAAAGUAUUCGCAUUAUA